AUGACCAUCGCAAAGCCCGUCAAGAGCCUGGGGGGUCAGGUCUGUCAGAUAUGUGGGGAUAAUGUUGGGAAGACUGCAGAUGGGGAACCAUUCAUUGCCUGCGACGUCUGUGCCUUUCCUGUUUGCAGGCCAUGCUAUGAGUACGAGAGGAAGGAUGGGAAUCAGUCUUGCCCUCAAUGCAAAACCAGAUACAAGAGGCACAAAGGUUAUCCUGCAAUUCUUGGCGAUAGAGAAGAGGAUGGUGAUGCUGAUGAUGGUACCAGUGACUUCAACUAUACUUCAGAAAAUCAAAAUGAGAAGCAAAAGAUUGCGGAGCGCAUGUUGAGCUGGCAUAUGACAUAUGGCCGAGGAGAGGAUAUUGGGGCUCCAAAUUAUGAUAAAGAGAGCUAUUUUCAUUCUUAA